ACAACGCUGUAAAAAGUAUUCACUUAGCCAGUCACAACUGUUGACCCAUGAACCGAAAAAUAACUAUUCAAAAAAACAAUCAAUGUAUGCGACCGGGUCAUGUUGUUCCUGCUAUCACAUUCUAAGUUGUCUGUAUAAAAAGAGUUGCUGUAUUUUAGCGGUAGAGUUGAAGGUGUUUUACAUAGACGAUCUUUUUCAAACCAAGCCUGACGUUGACUGACGUAAUGCGCGCGUUGCCUGGAGGCUGGCACAAAGAUUUUAGGCUCUGUGUGUUGAUGUGAUUUUACAACCUGUUUGCAUUUCCUGUUUUAAGAACUAUUCAUUAAUAAAUUACAGCGUGUGUUUAUAUAUUCGGACAGAGAAAAUGUGUUAUAUUAAACGUUGAAUAGCUUUGUACAAGUAGAUUUUUAACUUUCAAGUGUAUCCUACGAUUCAGUGAAUGCAACAGCGCUCUCUGCUGCCUCCUAUAGGCUGCAAUACGCCGGUGCACCCACGCUCCAAUAAUGCAAUAAUGGGCAACGUUUUCUACAUGACCGUAAUGGAGGAUGCUGAAUAUAAACGCCCUCCUUACAAAGGCCUUUACAGUAAAACGCCUGCGAUACAGUGCAUCAAGUUGAUUUGUAACGACAUUGACAUCCGGUUUUCAAAGUAAAAGACUGAGAGCGCACUGGACUUUAUAACUGGACUUUGAGCGACUUUAUAAAGAGAGUUCUCUAAAAGUGUGACAUGGGUUGCAGGUGUGCAUGUUUUGAGUGAAUGACAUGUUAUGUGUGAAUCUAGGUGGAUCCUGGGAGCUGAUUGGUACCAGUUUAAGAGGUCUGAUCAUCCCAGUUGCAGUGGACUUCCUUGUACCACUGGAGUGUCAUUAUUAUUAUUAUUUACUUCCUGUGUCUGAAUGUUGGUGUUUUAUUGUAUUCUACUGACUACAAGUCAAAGUUCCCAUGUAAUAAUAAAAAUAAAAUGAACUUUAGUUUGAAAACUUUGAACUUCCGGGUGAAACGGUGUACCUUUCCCCCCGCAGUGUGUCAUGUUACCAUAGCAACGGGGUCGCUUGUUAGGAGGAAACAGGAAACAUGUCAACGCCAAGGCUGGGUGUGGUCAGAGAGUCCAUGCUGACCAAUCCGUUGCUUAUUAAGGCAUCUCUGGGUCAGACUAGGUCCAGAGGUCUGUCAGUUCCUGGUCCAGAUUUCACUUUUGGAUCCAGGAGCAGCUCACUGGAGGACAAAGGUGUGGUGGAGGUUCUGUCCAGCUGGAGGGUCCAGUCCAGACGAGAGGACUCUGGUCCUCAUGGACCACUUGUUCCAGACUUUGUGACUCAUCGUGAUGCUGUGAAGGCUGGUCUGGUAACGUCCAAAGAGCUGAGUCACUACCGAGCCAAGACAAAGUGUCCUGCACCUAAACAGCUGGAAAGAGGCGGAGCUUCGCGGCAUUUUGUGAUUCCAGACAUCACCCAUGGGGUCACACCCAGGGCGCCGUCUCCUCUGUCAGACCUCCUCUCGCACCAGUAUGCUCGCCACUGGAUGGACGACCAGCUGAGCAGGAAUCAGAGCAGCAACCAAAAACAGCUGCACAGGAUUAAACCAGGUGCAGACACUAGGACCAGUCUGCUGAGGAGAGGCCGUGUUCUGCCUGUGACACAACCACUGCUCAGACCCAAGCGCUGCACUCAGGUUCCUCCUGCUUUGGACACCUUCAGGGACCAGGAGACUCGGCUCCGAGCGUUCAGGGCUCAUCAGUCUGAGUCUGUGACCAGGAGAGGACAUCUUGGUCUGGGGACGUACAACAUAGACCGAGCUCAGAACCAAACUGACUAAACCUGUCUUCACACUAAUAAACCAUUUCAAUCAUCA